AGUGUGUUUGUUUUAUGGUAAAAAAACCAUUACCAACUUAGAAAAAAAAAUACUACCUACACACGUAUAUAUACCUACUUCAAACAGACUGCUAGUAGGUAUUUAAAACAAAUAUGGCGACGGUUACAUCACCAGUACAGCUAGGGUUCAGGAUAACGACCUUAAUACAACUAGUAGCAGUAAUAUUCAUUUUUGUUUCGUCAACAUCUAACGCUGCUGUAAUGGGUAGUUCGUCUGGUGGAUGUGAAUUCCCACCUGAAUGGGCUGGUCUAUGGUUUCAAUCUGGGGCUCAAUCGAAAAUAAGAAUAAAUUCAACCUUCAUUACAACAAAAGGACAAUGUAUUGAAAAGGAUAAAGAUAAAUUUUUAAUUCAUGAUAUAGUCGAUGAUUGUUAUCGAUGCAUUGUUAUCAAUUUACAACAUCCAAGUGUCCUACAAUAUAAAGAAACAUAUUGUGGAACAAAAGGAUCCUUACAAGAAAUAUGUUAUGGUAUAACAGGAGAUGCUCCAUUAUAUUCAAUGUUCCGUUCUGAACCCAAAGCCGAACCUGAAGAAUGUCCCUUCAAAGGUGCACCUUUUACUUUCACAUAUAAUCGUGGGCAGGGUGAUUGUGCAAAUCCACCCUCACGUGCUGAAAGUUGUACCGAUGAUUCUCGACUUAUAUUGAAGUACCAAGCGUGUCCUGAUGUUCGUGCUGCGGAAAGUACUGUUGAGGAGUUAAUAUGCUUAGCAGUUUGGCGUGAAGGUAGUACACGCUAUAUGGUUGGACGUGUCUUACAACAAGAUCGACGUUCAUCACAUGCCAGUGAUGAGGAUCAAUAUCGUUGUUUUAUAUAUGAACGUGUCAAUCAUCCAGGCAAAGAUGGAGCAAAUGGACAUCACAGUGGUGGCGGUAUACGUUAUAAUAUUGCACAAUCAGGUGAUGCAACCUGUUCAGGAUUACAAAAUGCAUUAGAAGGUUCAAAAACAAUGAAAUUAACAACAGUUGAUGACCAUCACAAUCGCUGUCGUUUCCCCCUUUGGCUUACCGAACAUCACACCUGGCACAGUUUAGAUCAUCGUCUCUCAUAUCAAUUCUCGUUACGUAAUGCUACGCUAAAAGUAAAGAAAAGUGAUGAACAUCGAUAUGGUGGUAGUUCCGGUGGUGGAGGCAGUGGUGCAGGCGCUAGUUCGAGUUCAAGUUAUGGAUCAGCAUUACCAUAUGGUGCACCAUUAUAUAGUAAUAAUGCACCAGGUGGAGGUGGAAUUGUAGAUGAUGAUAUUGGUGAACCAUUUCAUUCAGCACAUACGGCAUCGUUACAACAACAUAACCAUCAUAAUUUACAUGCAGCUCAUUUAGCUGGAGAAGGUGGUACUGUACGAUUAAUAUGUCAUAGUAUAUUACAAGCAUUGGAGAAGAAAAAAGUACAGAUUGUGGCACAUGUUACGGCUGGAUGUAAAAGCGGACAUGUUUGUAUGGUGUUUUAUAAACGCGACAGUAAUGUUAUUGAAGUUCAACAAUCAACUACUAUUGAAGAAAAUCCAGACGAUGCAUGCCGAAAUUUCGAUCCAAUUAAUACACCAUUUACAACUUUAAUAACUACAUCAUUACAUCCAAAGAAAUGUCCACAUUUGGGUCGAUACACAGUUGUUAAUUCAGCAUCAUUUGGUGAAAAACGUAAGAGGCGACAAAAUAACAAUUCAGACAACUCGCAGUUUUCGAAACAGGAUUGUACAAAUCCCAAAUAUGAAUCACUUUCCGUGGGUUGUGGUGGAUCUUCUGAAAUUAUGGAACAAAAAUCAUCGUGUGGUCCACAAUCUUCAGCGCAAUUCACAUCAUCUUAUUCAUGUCAUGGAUCAUGGGAAGAAAAUGGUACAAGCUAUUUAAUAGCAUCACCAAUUGCUGAUAAUCGUAAAUCAACAGAUCCACAUCGUUACUGUUUUAUAUAUAAUUUUCCAAAUAAACCAAGUGAAUUAUCACAUAAUUCUUUAUAUGUGGCUGGUACAACUAAUCCAAAUUAUGGGAUGUCACAAACACCUGGCAUGAAGAAUGGUUUAGGUGACGGUGGUCUACCAAAAGGUGGUCCAUUACGUUUAACUGCUAUUGCUGAUAAUUGUCACAGAUUAACAAGUAAUAACUAUGGCAUCAAACAUGCGUGGACUAUGAAUUUAACCACAAACGGAACAUGUGCUGAUGCAGAUGGUCUUACCGGUAACGCAACAAAGUUAACAUCAUCAAUUCUAGUAUUUUUAAUAUGUUCCGUUCUAAUAACAAUAGUUAUAAGAUGAUUAAAAAAAUUGAGCUUCAAUAUUCCUUAUUGUAAGUAUUAAGUAAAACAAAAACAAAACAAAAACCUUACCCAAAACAAAAGCAACAAAAAAAAAAUUGAUCGAUAAUAUUUUACACUCACACAUACACAGAUACUGUUUUUAUCAAGAAAAGAGAACAUUUUUGAAAAAAAAGAGACUUCUUAGUGAAA